AUGAAGUUCACCAUCCUCACCUCCGCCCUGUUCCUCGCCAGCGCUGCCCUGGCCAACCCCGAUGGCAUUGACGUGAACUCGAUCGUCUCAGGAGCCGAGAACAUCGCUUCUUCCGCUGCUGCCGAUGUCACCUCCAUCGUAAACGUUGUUUCGACCGCCGUGAGCUCCAUCACCAAGGAUGCUGCCUCCAUUGCAUCUGCCGCCGAGACUGCUGGCUCCUCUAUCCUAUCCGUCGGCGAGUCUAUUGGCUCUGAGGCUGUUAGCCGUGCUUCCACCUGGGUCAGCCAGUUCACCACCACCAACUCUGACGGCAAGACGACGACUAUCGCCUCCACAAUCACUACUGCCCCUUCAUCAACUACCGGAACUACCACCUCCUCCAGCUCUGCCUCUUCUAGCACUGGUGGUGCUAUGGCUCGUCCUGAGGCUAUGGGAGCCGCCCUUGCCGGUGUCGCCGGUAUUCUCGGUAUUAUGGUUGCCCUGUAA